AUGGCUGUUUUAAUGGGCCUCUGUUUUGUAGAGACUGCUGCAGAACCCAGCAUCAAAGACAUUCCAUUCCAUCGCAUCAGUCAAUGGACCAGAUCAUUUUUUCAAGAAACAUCACUCAUUAAAGUUGGCCUGUACAUUCACCUCGCUCACAAUGGCACUCCAUGCCCCAGCAGCACUGAAUACACAUCAGACCUGUUUGAAUGGUCAGAUACCGAUGAAAAUAUACACUAUGAUGAUUAUCCGGAGGGAGCUUCCAUUCCACUUGUCACCAACUCAGAUCAUCCGGUUAUCACCAUAGUAGACAAAUCUGCCCUCGCAUCAUACCCUUACCCCGACCUCACCCUUGUUAUCCUUGUCAUCCUCGCAUUCCCUUUCGCCCUCUACCUGUCGCUUCAGCAGAGCCAGUACAUCUGGCCGGAUCCUUUCGCUGACGAAGCAUACCCAUGCUCCGUUCCACCACCUGACUGA